UUAUUAAAAAAAUAAAAAAAUCUGUCUGUUUCACAGGGAAACCGACAGUCUAUAAACAUUCUACCGAAGUAUAAAUUAAAUGUAGUUUUGACCAGCGACACUUGUCGCAUUCGAAUUGUCUACAGACAUGAAGAUAGACAAAGUCUAAACCAGCCUUUAGGUUAGGGACGUCUCAAGGAUCCCGGAUUGCAUUAAGCUUUUCUAUGCGCGUUAUUAUUUGGGUCAUUGAACGAUUGGCAACUGUGUAACAGCUUUUUCCCCCACACAGACUGCCUCACCUCACCCAUGAGUCUACCGGCCGCCCCGCCCAGUUAUGCUGAAGCCAUGGCAGGGGACAAGGAGCAGACGUACGGUGGAGUGAUGGUGGCAAUGCCCCCCUACAGUGACAACCUGCCCCCCAUGCCCCCUCCACCAGUGCCCAUCCACACCAGCUGGGCCUACGUGCACCCCAGUCCCAGCCCGGGCUACACCAACCCCUACGCUUCCGACAUGUCCUCUCCCUUCUCCGACCCCAGCACCAGCGACAGCUUGGAUGGAAGCAGCUGGGAGGACAAGAACAUCCGACGCAUGUUCAUUCGCAAGGUUUUCUCCAUCCUCAUGGUCCAACUGUUGGUGACCUUUGGUAUCGUGGCUCUCUUCACGUUUUGUGAACCAGUCCGGCAGUUUGUGCAGUACAAUCGAAUCCUCUACCUUGCCUCAUACAUUACCUUCAUGGGGGCAUACCUGGUCCUAGUGUGCAGCACAAGUGCCCGGCGACAGUAUCCCACCAACCUCAUUCUGUUGGGGAUAUUUACUUUGGCAAUGUCUUACAUGGCAGGAAUGCUGGCUAGCUACCACAACACUAAAGUGGUGAUGCUGUGUGUGGGUAUCACCGCCAUGGUGUGUCUGUUCAUCACGCUCUUCUGUUUCCAGGCCAAGGUUGAUUUUACGUCGUGUCACGGUCUGCUCUUCUCUCUCAUGAUGGUGCUGAUGGUCACGGGACUGUUGCUCCUCUUCACCGCGCCCUUCGGAUAUAUACCUUGGUUGCAGACAGCGUAUGCUGGACUGGGUGCCCUUGUCUUCACGUUGUUCUUGGCCUUUGACGUGCAGCUGCUGAUGGGUAACCGGCGGUACUCCCUGAGUCCAGAGGAGCACGUGUUCGGGGCGAUGUGUCUCUACAUGGACGUGGUCUACAUCUUCUUCUUCCUCCUACAGCUGUUUGGGAGUCAGGAGUGAAGUCACACCACCUUGUAGUCACGUUCAAUAGCCCCCCCCCUUCUGAGUUUACUUUAUUAGGAUCCCAUUUAGCUACUGCACAUGCAGCAGCUACUAUUUCUGGGGUCCACAUAAAACGUACAAAUACAUUAAAGUAUAGAGCAGUAAUAGACAAGAAGAUAUUACAUUAAAUUCAAAAUAACAAUGAAAUAAGAGGUAUGUAUGUAUUAUUUUUAUAUAUAUAUAUAUAUAUAUAUAUAUAUAUAUAUAUAUAUAUAUAUAUAUAUAUAUAUAUAUAUAUAUAUAUAAUGAAUGAAUGAAUGAAUGAAUGAAUGAAUGAAUGAAUGACACCAAGAGACAACAAAAGUACUAUUCACACGUCAUAUUGUUAUAUACAGUAAAGUUAGAUUAGCUCAUUAGAAAGAGGAGAGGUGCUGUUUUUUUAAAGGUAUACUUGUUUUUUGCCUGAGUAACCUCUGGUGGCAGAGUAUUCCGCGAUGACAUGGCUCUUUACAGAACAGGAUAGCCACACCACCUUGUCAUGUUCAAUAGCCCCACUUACUCUCUCUGCCUCCUCAAGUGUACACAUCUACUCUGAUAUCCUUUCGCACGUACUUCUGUUUGGUUACGCUCAUACAAGCACACACACAUUUGAGAAUAGAUACAAAUACAUACCGGCACAUAUUUGUAAUCUGACGCAAAUAUACACCCACAGGACACACACACCCGCAGUACACUAUCACACCCACCAUAUACGAACACACCCACUCUGAGGUAUCUUAUAAAAGCAUAGUUUGCUUAUAUUUUUCCUCUCCCUGAAUGUUGACACAACUUAAUUCAGUUUUUUUAUAUAUAUAAUUUGAAGUGUGUGUGUGUGUGUGUGUGUGUGUGACUGCUGGGAUGUCAGUUCUGUCUGCACAGGCAGGCUCCUACCUCUAGGGGGCACUUCAGCCCAUGCCAAUCUCUGGAGUGUUGCUAGCUGUGGGCCUGUGUAAGGGUUAGAACCAAUCUCUGUAGUGUUGCUAGCUGUGGGCCUGUGUAAGGGUUAGAACCAAUCUCUGUAGUGUUGCUAGCUGUGGGCCUGUGUAAGGGUUAGAACCAAUCUCUGUAGUGUUGCUAGCUGUGGGCCUGUGUAAGGCUUAGAACCAAUCUCUGUAGUGUUGCUAGCUGUGGGCCUGUGUAAGGGUUAGAACCAAUCUCUGUAGUGUUGCUAGCUGUGGGCCUGUGUAAGGCUUAGAACCAAUCUCUGUAGUGUUGCUAGCUGUGGGCCUGUGUAAGGGUUAGAACCAAUCUAGGGGAGUGUUGUUCGGCAGUGUAAGGUAAACUGAUCUUCAGGGCUGGGGACAAUUCCAAUUGAAGGCAGUCAAUUCAGAAAGUAAACUUGAAUAACAAUUUUAAACAAUUUUCAAUAAACUGAGGAGUAGAAGCUAUUUAUUUCUAAUGUUUUUUAUUUUAUUUCCUGAAUUGACUGCCUUCAAUUAAACCACAGCCCUGCUGGAUGUUAGAUCUGCACCGAGGCAGUGUUGGAAGGUAAGCUGAUCUCAGAUCUGCCCUACAUCUCCCAUGUUACUCUUAGGACGUGACCAGGCAGUUGACGAAUCACAAUGAGACUGCAAAAGAAUAAGCUGACAGUGUGUUGUUGGUGGACAAUCAGUUUGUUGGGAUAGAUAUGAGAGUGGGUUAAUUGCAACCACGUUUAUUCAGGGUGACUUGUGGUUGACCAGUUAAAUGGACACUGGCUGAUUCCCCUGGUAGUACUUCAACUUUUCUUGUCUUUUGUUAUAUUGGAAUAUAUCUAUAUAUAUAUUAUUUUUUUACCGUUGACAAAUCAGACUCAUGGCUUUUGCUUAAACAAUUACUUUAAACAGUUUCAGUUACUGUCUGGUGAGUCCAAAAGUAUGUAUUUCAAGGUUACAUUUAUGCCCUUAAAAUCACAUUUAUAGGCAUUGACUUAACCAAGCCAAAUUUGACCCCGAUUUAGGCACAUCUGGAUUUUCUCAUCUGGGUCUGUGAGACGUCAUCAAGCCAAUUAAAUUGAAGGAUAAAAGUGACGCUUGUCGUCCUUGGAGCAAUAAUUUGUCCUUGGCUAGGUUGCGAUUCUCUAUUACCAAACUGAUUACCGCUGCGGAAUCCGUGUAGUGAAACAAUGUAAGCUUGCGAGACUUCCGGAUGGUUUUACGAGGUUACCGAUUCUCUACCCUUUUCCAGAAGUGUGCACUCGUUCAUCCGCCUCAAGCAUUUUAAAAGUAUUGGAUUGGUGCAACAUAGCUGGAGGGUGUUUUCACCGUAUUCCUGACACCAGUCCAUCAUUUUAAAUGAAGGGUGGUGCACACUUUGGAAGAAGGUUAAAUAAAAAAUAAUGUCGCUCUUGACUGAGGAAUGCUUUUUAAGGGGCAAGUUUCGUUUCUUUGUUACAUUUAACUAAUUUCCUCUACUUUAAAGUUACGUGCCCGUGUUACGAGGUUGUCAGGGCAGAUUUCAAGUUAUACUAUGCCUUGGACAGAACUGAUGAGAUUUUUAAUAUUUUUUUGCUAUCAAAGGUGUUUUUAAAUAGAGUAGUCGUGUGUCUCUUUAAAUAUGUUUGAACCGAAGUCGGAUGUAGAACUUGUAUAGAGGCAUGUUUUGAGGUUGGUUUUAGUUAAAUUGUGACGCAAGAGAUCUUCGAGUGGUGGGGUCAGUGUGACGUCAGUUGGUGGCAGGUGUGUUAGACACGCUUAGAACAUUCCACAUGUUUUUUUGUUGUUGUUGCAUUUAUUACCUAGAAUAAACAAACAUUUUCCUUUUUAGGUGACCUGUAGUACAAGUGCAA